GACAAAAAGGAAACUCGCAUUCACUCGCCCAAAGCGCUCGCUGAAAAGAAAAGGAAAAUAAAAAAAAAACGCAAAAAUUUCUCACUAAAAAAGAAAAAUCCUUUACCUUAUUCUCGAAGUUUCUCUCUCUCAUUUCGUUAACUCGCUUUAUCAACUCAGUUUUAACGCAUCUAACUCGCUACAAAUUUGCCACGUUCAGUCCUUUUCUUGUUUGUCGUUUGGAGGGGGGCUGAGUCAACUCGGUCAGCAAUCACAGUCCUAUGUUUUUGUUUUUAAGCUGCAUGUCUUGGAUUUUCCAUGGAAAAAGUGGUUGAAGCUGAGGGGAGUGAUGAAGGGAAAUUUGAAGAGACUGGCCUUGAGACAAGUAACUUUGUUUUAUCUUCACCAAAGAAUGUUACAGAUCCAGUUGUUUACAAGCUUGUCCGGGUUGAUGGGAAUGGAAGAUUAGUGCCUGCGACAGAUGAUGAACUCAUGGAGGUUGAGGGUUUGCUUGAAAAUGAGAAGCGUGAGACCCAUAUUGUUGCAGACACUGGGCAGGCUUUAGGGUGCAUUUCUAAUGAAGUGUCACCCUCUGGCAUGCCUCAACUAGAAAGCUCAGAAGGUUUGUCACAAUCUGAGAACACAGAAGCUGAUACCGAGAAGUUAAGUGCAUACCUUGAGGAAACUGUUCCUUCUGGUGCUAAAAGCUCGAGUGAUGAUCAUGUUACUCAAUCUGGGAGAGUUGGGGAGUGCUUAAAGCCUCUGGAUGGGCCGCUAGAAGGUGGAUCAUCAACUUCUACAGGUUGUAUUAGUUCAAAACCUGAUUUUUCCAAGUUGAAGGGCGAAAUAUGCUUGGAUAAUUUAUCAAUUAAAGAACUUCAUGAGGUUUUUAAGGCAACAUUUGGGCGAGACACUACUGUUAAGGACAAGCUGUGGCUUAAAAGGAGGAUUGCUAUGGGAUUGACCAAUUCCUGUGAUGUUUCUGCUACAACUUUUGUAAUUAAAGACAACAAAUUGGUGAAAAAGGAUAAUGAAGAUGGUUUUAACAAUGUGAAUCUUGGUGCUGGGAAAGAACACCUGGCAGUUGCAGUUGAAUACAAUGAGGACUUGCUCAAUAACCUUAGCAGUCAAAUUGAUGAACAUCAAACUACUUCGGAGGUGAGAUUGGGAAAUAAUGUUGUGGAAAACAAUUUUGCAAGUGAAGAUCUUGCUGCAGAUCAGAGAGCUGCAAAGAGAGUUCGGAAGCCAACAAAGCGGUAUAUUGAAGAACUUUCGGAAGCAGAGUCCAAAGAGUACAGUGGCAGGUCAAUUGCUUCAACUAAAAGCAUUGGGUUUAGACCCCUGUCUUCAAAAGCUCAUGCUAGGCCUGCUAGAAAUGUGUCCUUGGAAGGGAGAACUGUUAUCACGAGGUUGGAUUCCCUUGGAGGAUUUGGGAUUCAGGUUCCAUGUGUUUAUCGGAUUCGAAGAAGCCGACCAAGGAAGAAUGUCACAGCACUUUUGAAAUUCCAUCCCAGUGGCAUGGGCAUGACAGCUACGUUUAUAAAGAAGGGUUUUGAUGUACAUGGCUCUCAAAUGGACAAUGGGAGUAUGAACAAAGUUUUGGAAGCCAAAUCUACUCCUGAGCAAGCUCCGGAACAGUUUGUAGCUGAAUCGAAGAAAGAGACGACACCAACUGAUAUGGGGCAGAAUAUGGGAUUAAAAUAUGUAGAUCCAUCUGGAGAUACUUCAGAUGAUAAUGUUGUUACAGUGCCAACAGCAAAAGGUGGAAUUAGAAGGAAACAUCAUCGAGCUUGGACUCUCUCUGAGGUUAUGAAGCUAGUUGAGGGUGUGUCCAAGUAUGGAGCUGGCCGAUGGUCUGAGAUUAAAAGGCUUGCCUUUGCAUCCUAUUCGUAUAGAACUUCUGUUGAUCUCAAGGACAAAUGGCGGAAUCUGCUGAAAGCUAGCUUUGCCCAGACACCUACGGACAAAGGGGCAAAUUCGCGGAAGCAUCCUUCGAUGCCGAUUCCGGCAUCAAUUUUGUUACGCGUGAGAGAGCUUGCCGAGAUGCAGGCACAGGCUUCAUUGCCAAAUCUGAGCACGGGGAAGCUGUCGGCAUGUGGUGGCGGAAGUGUAAAUGAAACAAGACCCGGAUACUUGUAACAUUGUAAAUAAUAUAAUAAUAGAUAUUAGUUGUGUCUAAACUAGAAAUAAUAGUCUAAUUGACUGUACUGUCUAGAAGGGAGAGGGAAAAAAAGUGUUGAAUGGUUUGGACCGGAUGGGCAGAUGAGAGAAGUUUGUUUAACAUAAGCUGUGCUAACUAGGAUAUUUCUUCCUUCUUGUUUGAACCAGGAAUGGCCUUUCAAAUACAAACUUGGGACUUGCGACUUAA